AUGUUCAUAUUCCGCCAUGGCGGUAAACGCGUGGCUCAAGUACUCCGUCCGGCAUAUGCUGCGACCUCACAUCGGCUCGCUUCGAGGAUAGCCAUCCCGUUUACGCCUCCGCCCUUUCCCGUCAUCGAAACCUGCCCAUCGCCGACUUGUCAAUGCAGAGAAGCGCCGGCAGGCUUGGAGAUUGAGCGMGAGCAGAGCUUGAAUGGCUCCAUGGCAGCAUACGCGGAACAAAUCUUGAUAAGCACGGGCAAGAAUGAUUGGAAGAGUCGGAUUGAGGAAGAAGAGGGUGCAGUGUUGAUACGGCAAAUGAAGAAGCUUCUAUUGAAAGGUGGAAAAUAUGUUGAUCCAUACCACAAUGUCAUGAUCUCAAACUCAUCCAUACAGCCUGAAAUAGCGCCAGAUCAGCAGCCAGUGGCACCAACACAGGACAACAGUACGGAAGCGAGCAAAGACCGUCUCAUUAGUCUUCCCGAAUCAGGCCCACCGGCUUCCGCAUUCCUUUUACCCAGCUUCAAGUACAUUCCAGCAAUACCGACAGACACCAAAAGCGUAGAGACCUUCAUUCAAGCCUUCGUCCUUCCGCAAAAGCUACAUAGCAUAUACGAGACGCUCACGGCUGAACAGCACUAUGCUCUGCUUCGCAAGCCAGAGCUUCAACGUCAAUUUGCAGGUGUGCGCAACGUCGAAGAGAUACUUAUCCUUGUUUGUGGACAUGGCGGUCGAGACGACCGUUGCGGCAAGAUGGCGCCGGUUUUGAUGGCCGAAUUUGAAGAGAAGCUGCAAAGCAGUAACAUUGCCAUUCUUAAAGGCGUCCCAACAACAGAAGCCAUCAAGGCUGAUGUUCAGGACUCCAAGUAUUUACCACCGGCCAGGAUCGCUUCGAUAUCGCAUAUCGGGGGGCACAAAUUUGCUGGCAACGUGAUCGUUUACAUCCCUCCCUCUUUCCGAUCCAAUCCGUUGGCUGGCAACGGCAUCUGGUAUGGACGAGUCGGCCCCGAGCAUGUCGAAGGGAUCGUGGCGAAGACCAUCUUGGACGGCCAGGUCAUCAAGGAUCAAUUCCGCGGAGGCAUCGAUGGGAAUGGAGGGAUAUUGCGGCUGUGA